AUGGGGAACCAAGCGUGCAGCGAGGGCUGCCUGAGCGACCCUCUGGCCGCCAACUUCAGAAUGAAUGCCAUCCACGAACGUCUGUUCCCCAUGUACGUGGUGAAGGUGUCCGACUUCCUUCAGAUGGAGGGCGCCCCGCGUCCCCACAACGUGCUGCGGGACGAGGGCUUACUCCACGAGUGGUAUCCUGGCAUGUUCGCCAUUUUCGUGUCCCACCAGUGGCUUGGAGCCUCCGAACCCGAUCCGGAGGGAAAGCAGGUGGAGGUGCUCCGCAGCGUCCUGCGUGGCUUCGUGGACGGCUCGCUGCAAGUCGAGCCCCAUGUUGCCAGCAUGGUGUACUCGGGCUUCGUCCCCACCUGGCCUUCGUCCAUGAGCAGCUACAUCGCCCAUGGAUUCCUGUUCUUCGACUGGUUCGCCAUUCCCCAGAUCACCGCGCGCCAGGAGGGCGUGAAUGAGCAGGAGACCAAGUCGGAAGCUGCCAAGGCUGUGCAGUCCAUUCCUGCAUAUGUGGAGGCCUGCAGCCUGUUCCUGGUCCUGGCACCGGAGUUGCUGCACAUUGAGACCAAGAAGCUUUGCAACUAUUCCACGUGGCUGUCGCGGGGCUGGUGCAGGGCCGAGCUUUGGCUGUGGCUUCUCUCGAACCGCGCGGACACCAGCGUGGUGAUCGUCUUCUCUGCCACGGAGGCUGAGUUCAUGGUCCAGUCCGACUGGCAGGACAACAGCAUCGCCGGGGGCGACUUCACCGUCCCAGCCGACCGUGCAGUGGUCUGCAAGCUUGGCGAAGCCGCAGCCGCAGGGAAGCAGCGCCACCUGCAGAGCCGAGGCCCCAUCGAUGCCUUCCGCUUCUUCUUGGCCCAGAAGCAGAAGUUCCUGGACUCCCAGCCGGAGCCCUGGAACGAGGAAGAGUUUGUGGCGAGGCUCCGCUUCGAGAGCAUGGAGGAUGCUGCCCGGAAUCGCGACGGGAUGAACGGGCUGCUGUGUGGGGUCUAUGCUGGAGAUGUGAGGCUGGUGCGCCGGCUGGUUGAUCUCCAGGCAGACGUGAAUCGGAGAGUCCGCGGGCUUGGGGAGUUCGGGCUCUAUGAUGGCAUGACCCCACUCAUCAUCGCCGCACGCUCCAACCAGGAGCCGGAGGUGCUGAGGACCCUCAUCGAUCUCCGGGCCGAUGUUGGCAUCCGCGUCAAGCACACCGGGCUGGGCCCCGCUGGCCUUCUGCGCACGGCCGCGCACGUGCAGGUGCUGCUCGAUGCCCGGGCAGACUUGCACUCCUCAGAACUGCCUAUGGGGCUCAACCCUCUUUCAAGCAUUGCUGGCCACGCAACUGCGGAGGCCGUGGCUGCGAUGCUGGCAGCCCGGUGCAGCCCCAACCCUCCCCUUCGAGGGGUUGGCUGCGGCCCACUGCAAGCUAUCGCCGUCUUUGCACGAGGCAAGAGGGAUGCAGCAACCAAAGCUCUCAUGCUGAUGGAGGCCCGCGCGGACCUGAACGUGCGCGCAUGUCCCUCCGGGUUCUUCCAGCGGCUCUGUCAGAGUGCGCGGGUACGGGCCGCUCUCUGGGGCUUCGACAGCUGUGCGACGAAGACCCGCUUCCUGGCCAGCCUGCCCGGCAUCACGCCUCUGGGGAUGGCGGCCCUUGUUGGGGACGAGGCCUUGGCGGAGCUCUUCCUCGAAGCCGGGGCGGAGGUGAUCCCAAACGAUCGCGGGGACACACCCGAUGUCCUUGCGGCCGCCAACCACCACACGCGCCUGGCCGCCUCCCUAGCAGUGGUUCACUUCUGA